AUGGAGCUUUUCUGGGUUUCUUACAACUCCACCUCUCUUCUAGGGAUUAAAUGGGAGCCAGAUGAGAACGGAGUCAUCGCCUUCGACUGUAGGAACCGAAAAUGGUACAUCCAGGCGGCGACUUCUCCGAAAGAUGUGGUCAUAUUGGUUGACGUCAGUGGCAGCAUGAAGGGGCUCCGUCUGACUAUUGCAAAGCAGACAGUCUCAUCUAUUCUGGAUACGCUGGGGGACGACGACUUCUUCAACAUCAUUGCUUACAAUGAGGAGCUUCACUACGUGGAACCUUGCCUGAAUGGAACGCUGGUGCAGGCCGACAGGACAAACAAGGAGCACUUCCGGGAGCAUCUGGACAAACUUUUCGCCAAAGGAAUCGGGAUGCUGGAUAUAGCUCUGAAUGAAGCCUUCAACAUUCUCAGCGAUUUCAACCACACAGGACAAGGGAGCGUCUGCAGCCAGGCCAUCAUGCUCAUCACCGAUGGGGCGGUGGACACCUACGACACCAUCUUCGCGAAAUACAACUGGCCAGAUCGCAAGGUCCGCAUGUUCACGUACCUCAUUGGACGCGAGGCUGCUUUUGCGGACAAUCUCAAGUGGAUGGCGUGUGCCAACAAAGGAUUUUUCACCCAGAUCUCCACGUUGGCCGACGUGCAGGAAAACGUCAUGGAAUACCUCCACGUCCUCAGCCGGCCCAAAGUCAUUGACCAAGAGCACGACGUGGUGUGGACGGAAGCAUACAUCGACAGCACUCUUGCCGACGAGCAGGGCCUCAUCCUGAUGACCACGGUCGCCAUGCCUGUGUUCAGUAAGCAGAACGAAACCAGGUCAAAGGGCGUCCUCCUGGGCGUGGUCGGCACGGAUGUCCCGGUGAGAGAACUCCUGAAGACCAUCCCCAAAUACAAGCUAGGGAUUCACGGUUAUGCCUUUGCAAUCACGAAUAAUGGAUAUAUCCUCACGCAUCCGGAACUCAGACCACUGUACGAAGAAGGGAAAAAGCGAAGGAGCCCCAACUACAGCAGCGUGGACCUCUCCGAGGUGGAGUGGGAAGACCGAGAUGAUGUGCUGAGGAAUGCCAUGGUGAAUCGCAAGACUGGGAAGUUUUCCAUGGAGGUGAAGAAGACAGUGGACAAAGGGAAACGGGUUUUGGUGAUGACCAAUGACUACUAUUAUACAGACAUCAAGGGUACCCCUUUCAGCCUGGGCGUGGCGCUCUCCAGGGGCCAUGGGAAGUACUUCUUCCGGGGGAACGUGACCAUUGAGGAAGGCCUGCAUGACUUAGAACACCCCGAUGUGUCCUUGGCCGAUGAAUGGUCCUACUGCAACACUGACCUGCACCCGGAGCACCGUCAUCUGUCUCAGCUGGAAGCUAUUAAGCUCUACCUCAAAGGCAAAGAGCCCCUGCUGCAGUGUGAUAAAGAGCUGAUACAGGAAGUGCUGUUCGACGCCGUGGUGAGUGCCCCCAUUGAGGCCUACUGGACCAGCCUGGCUCUCAACAAAUCUGAGAAUUCUGACAAGGGCGUGGAGGUCGCCUUCCUCGGCACCCGCACGGGCCUCUCGAGAACCAACCUGUUUGUAGGGGCCGAGCAGCUCACCAAUCAGGACUUCCUAAAAGCUGGAGACAAGGAGAACAUUUUUAACGCAGACCAUUUCCCCCUCUGGUACCGAAGAGCUGCUGAGCAGCUUCCUGGGAGCUUCGUCUACUCGAUCCCGUUCAGCACAGAAAUUUCAGUGUGA